CGCAACCACGGCAAGGUGGGCAGGCAGACAUGCACCCGUGGGCAACGGAAGUGGCAAAAGCCUUCAGCGACACCGGACUGUAGCUUUUGCGUGGUGGAGUUACGUUAUUGUUGAUGUUACACUUGCCCUCUGCAUCCAGGCCGGGAGGAAAAAAAGGGAAGAUCUUUGUAUCCGAUGCAGCGUCAGUUUAAGCAGAGGGGCAUCGAUCCAGGAACAGUUUUAAGGCCGGCGUUGGUGCAUGCAGGUGUGCGACACAAGCAAGUGGUGUAACCUUGUGGGCGCAGCUAAGUCAGCGAGCUGGCUCCGUCGCCGUCGCCAUCACCGGAGAUUAAAAAGAGCUUUGAGGGUUGAGGAGUAGCAGGAGGAGGAGGAGGAGGAGGGCCUAGCUAUAUAUACGCCCUCCACCCACACGCUCCGGCUGCAGUUGCGAGGCACUUAUCACGGCCCCUUUGUUUUUGCUGCAAUCAAACCCCGCCUCGCGACUGCCUAUCAACGAUCGAGAGACAUCAGCAGCUUGGCUGGCCUGAGCUACCUCGAUCGGUCGCCGUGGUCGAUCUCUCCCGGCGACGGCUGCGGCGGUGGACACACACAUAUAUAUAUACACACACACAGAUGGGGAGGCAGCCGUGCUGCGACAAGCUGGGGGUGAAGCGGGGGCCGUGGACGGCGGAGGAGGACAAGAAGCUGAUGAGCUUCAUCCUGACCAACGGCCAUUGCUGCUGGCGCGCCGUGCCGAAGCUCGCCGGGCUGCUGCGCUGCGGCAAGAGCUGCCGGCUCCGGUGGACCAACUACCUCCGCCCCGACCUCAAGCGCGGCCUCCUCACCGACGCCGAGGAACAGCUCGUCAUCGACCUCCACGCCAAGCUCGGCAACAGAUGGUCCAAGAUUGCUGCCAAGCUACCUGGCAGGACGGACAACGAGAUCAAGAACCACUGGAAUACACACAUCAAGAAGAAGCUCAUCAAGAUGGGAAUCGAUCCGGUGACGCAUGAGCCCCUCGACCUGAAGCAGGCGAGCCCGACCACCACCUCGCAGUCCACUGUCACGGAGUCCGGCGAGGCAACCAGGCAGCAAAGCCCUCAGCUUGACGACGUCGUCCUCAGGGACAUGUCUGCCGGUGGCGACAGCCCACCGGAGUCGAGCACGAACACUGCCAGCACGGCCGGUGGGAGUAGCAGCAGCAGCAGCAGCCAUUACCAGGACCCUCUGGUGAAGUGGCUGCUGGAAGAGGACCUGCCCACCGGCGACGAGCCAUGGCUCAACUUCACGGCCGGCAACGACGUCGACGAGUUCAGUAGCAUCGCCCCCGCCGCGCCGUCGCUGCCGUGGGACGUCGGCGUGACGGACUGGCUGCUCGACUACCAAGAUUUUGGGAUGGGGGACUCGAGCUUGAUGGUCGAUGCCUCCCUGGUCAGCAGCUCAAAUGGAUCAAACUUCUAGCUAGAAGAUGUCAGCAACUUAAUUAAUUGUGUUGCUAUCAGUGUAGAUAAGUGGAGUAUAAUUAAUAAAAGCAUCAAGAUUGCGAAAGCAGCUAGGCAUGGCCGGCCAAGAUCGGAGGAUGGUCACAAGUCAAGGCCUUGCUCUUCAGAAAACAAAUCAAUGGUUGGGAUUGAUGCAUUUGAGAGAGGGUAUAUGUGUAGAUGGUACAUGUUGUUGUGUAUUUUUCCCUUGAGGUUGAAUGAGGGGUUUGUGACAUUAACUAGAAGUGUUACUUCUCAAAUGGAGAUACUUAGUUUUUCUUUUUUUUUGGGAGGGGGGAGAGGUAGGACUCUUUGUUGGUGUAACUAUGCACAUGUUUCCAAUAAAAAAAUGUGGGUGGGUAAUGUACAAUAUUAGUUCACUAGUUUGUAUUAUACAGCACUACGUGUGUUGCUUU